AUUCGUGGUUGUGUCAAAGCCAUACAUAUAUCGCCAAAGUGGCGUCAAAUGUUUGUUGAUGCUUGUGAAUAUGAAUCGGUUAGAGUUAAAAUUCCACCCUUGAAUUGUGAGACCAGGUGGAAUUCUACAUUCUUGAUGUUACAAUUAGCAAUAGAGUUAAAAGCUGUAAUUAUUAGAUUGAACGAUAAAGAUCGAACUUUUCCAGAUAUGCCUAGUGAAGAAGAAUGGGAGAAAGUGAGAUCUCUUUGUAGCAUUUUAAAACUAUUUUACGAAUGUACUUUAAAAAUGUCAUCAAAUUUUUAUCCAACAAUUAAUAGUACCCUUUUUUCUAUCUUGGAUAUUCGCACACAUCUUUUUAAAAUGAAAUCUCAUUUAGACAUUUUUGUUCGUGAAAUUAGCUUACCUAUGAUCGAAAAAUUUAACAAAUAUUGGAAAAAUAAUAGCUUACUACAUAUGAUUAUAUACUAUGUUGAAGAAAAAGUGCAAGAAAUUCGAGCAAGCUUUGAAAGCAUAUAUCUUAAUAAUUAUUAUUCUCUAUCAGCCGUUGAACGAUAUUCAACUAGUAUUGAAAGCAAUACUCUUUAUGGAGUUAGGCGAUAUCUUGAUGAGCCAGUUGCUAGUAGAAAUACUGAUGUUCUUGAAUGGUGGAAAAAUAAUGAUCAGUUUCUAUCUUUAACUAAAAUGGUGCGUGAUUUUCUUGCUAUACCAGCUACAAGUGUAGCAUCUGAGCAAAUGUUUAGUUGUGCUGGGCGUAUAGUCGAUGAUUAUCGUACUUCUUUAGAUCCAGAAACAGUAACUGCACUAAUGUGUCAACGAAACUGGUUAGAGAUGGCAGCAAGAUUUGGGUGGGAUUU